AUGGCGACAACAGAUCUAGAACUGUACUGUUCAGCAGAAUUAACCAGAAAAGUACGCAACAAGUUAGUCUUCCUUUCCGUGGCGAAUACCAUUUUUUCCAUCACCGCAUUUCUGGGGAACACUCUGAUCAUAGUUUCCCUCCACAGGGAGACUACGCUUAAUAAACCGUCCAAACUCUUGUUACGUGGCUUAGCGACAACUGAUCUCUGUGUUGGUAUCAUUGCCGAGCCUGUGAAUGUUGCAAAUUGGAUAUCUUUGGCGAACGGAAGAUUGGAUAUUUGCUUUUACACAGAAUGGGCAAGUUUUGUCAUCGGCUAUAUUUUGUGCUCAGUAUCUUUUGUGAUAUUGACUGCAAUAAGCGUGGACAGACUACUCGCCCUGUUGUUAGGGCUGAGAUAUCAACAAAUUGUAACUGUUAAGAAAACAUACGCUACCUUAGUUUUUAUUUGGGUCUUUUGCGUUGCAUGCACAGUAAGCUACUUUGGGAAUCCUGUUAUACCGACAUGGGUCAUCAUUGUAAGUUUAUGUCUGUGUCUUAUUACAGCCAUUUUCUCUUACACGAAGAUAAUUUUAACUUUGCGACAAAGUCAAAUUCUAGUUCACAGCCAUAAUGUCAGUGUUGCUGGACGACAACCGAGACUAUUAAUUCCACAGAACGUAACUCGAUAUAGAAAGGCAGUGUACAGUGCACUGUGGGUGCAGGUAACAUUGGUUGUUUUUUAUUUGCCGCAUGGUAUACUAAUAGCUUUGACAAACCAAAAGGGGAUUUCCGUAUCGUUUUACCUCGCUAGGCAAUUUACUGUUACUUUGGUUUACUUAAACUCAUCAUUAAACCCGUUUCUGUAUUGCUGGAAGAUGAGAGAAGUGAGGCAAGCUGUGAAAAGCACCAUAGAACAGCAUUUUUAUUGUUCAUAGACCUAACCAAAAACCUCUCUUUAUAAAAAGCACUGAUUUAUUAGAUUUGUUUAUUUCGUUUGAUUGCCGUUACUAUUAAUACCUUAAGAUAACGAAUUCGUUUUUUAUAAGCAAACCAUUUUUUAAUUUGCAACUCAAAUAAACGUCUUCUUCGUCUUAAUAAUGCAAAAGGCUUCCGUAUAGGCAAGUAUUACUUUAUAGGAUGGUAAUGCAGUGGCCAACUUUAAAACAUUAACUCAGAUCAUCUUAGACGAUGUUAACGAGAAUGAAAAAGAAACCACCGCACCUCGGGAAGGGACAAGCUCCUUUUUCUCUUCGAGUUUUUGUUCUUGUUUUCUUGUUUUUUUUUUGUUUAUGUUUGAGUGGUUAAAGUCUUUAAAUUCUGGCAAAAUGGCAACCCUUAUCAAAAACAAUGAAAGCUAA